AUGUUGCGAACUAAGGACGUAACAUAUAUUCACUUUGCAUCUUACCAGGCUCAAACAGCUACUUUAGACACCACCUAUGAACCGUACCAUGUGGGCUUUUCCACGGGCAAGUUAGGUGGCUUAGCCAAGCAGUGGGCAUUCACAUGUGGUGCAUCAUUGCAAGAUGCUUUUCCCACAUGUGCCGAUCUGAAAGUUCAGAUGACCCGGCAGUAUGCACCUCCAAACCAAGCACACCGUAAUCGGUCGCGGAUUUGGCACCCUAUGCCUGAGGCAGUGACCGUCACGGUCUUCAUUGAGGGCCUCCGAGUUGGCGUUGCCAGAACGGAAGUCUUCCGGGUGAACCCGUUCUCAUUCGAGGAAGCUGUUGGAGUGGCAUGGAAUGUCGAGACCAACUUUAAGGCCGCUUGGCCUGCCACUUAUAACUACUCGUCUGUACCCAUGGACUGA